UUUUACUCUCUUUUUUUGCACGAUCCGUGUUCCCGUAGAAAGACCUGGUGGAGGCUACGUGUCGUGCCUUGCGAGUCCUCACAGUGACGUCAUUCAGCGUGCCACACGCCUCACUACCCCUCCCUUAAAUCGCCGUAAGUCACCUGUGUCCUUAAAUCACAGGUGAGGCAAACACACCUGUAAGACCAACCCCUCUCAAGUCUCCGGCAUUUCCUUCCAAUUUUAAGAAGCUGCUUCUGAAAGAACGCGAAGAAUUUGCUAUUUUCGCACUGGAAAAGAGAAGAGGACAUUUUGUACCGACUGGAGAAUUUUUGGCACAGGAAUGCAGAUUUAGCUCUUCGCUGUAAGCGGGUCGGUAGACGAAGUACAUUGUCAACUUGUGUCGUCCAAGAUGGCGCCCGGGUACAUGCCGGAUACGCAGACCAAAGCUGCGAUCGUGUGCUUCAAAUGCGGGCUGGCUUGCUUCUUGCUGGUGUUUUUGGCUGCGGGAGUCACUAUGCUGGUCGUGGCCGGUGUAGCCAAUAAGUACUUGGGUCAGUUCGAGGAACUCAACCAUGACCUGGUCUCUGCCCGUAACCUCUGCAUCGUGAUCGGGAUAUUCGUCACCCUGACGGGAAUCGUCGGUAUUGCAGGGGUGGUGAGAGAGAACUGCUGCUUGCUGCUAUCGUUUGCCGGGAUACUGGGCUGUCUGUUUGUCCUGUCUGUGGCAGCAGCUGUCAGCCUGGCUGUUCUGACGUCUAUCGGGACGCUCCGACAGAAACUGACUGAUUUUCUCGGUGGAAGGAUCCUCAAUGUCAAGAAGACUGCUGAGAGGUCCAAGGUCAUGGACGAGUUGCAAAUGCAGAUCUCAUGUUGCGGAGACGUGAGUUACCGGGACUGGUUCGGCGUGCCGUUUGACGGGACUAACGUCACCCACUCCGGGGACGUGCCGGGCUCGUGCUGUCGCGACGCCAAGGAGAAGUUCGACAUCAACAAGCCUGACGACACCUGCGGCAAGAAGGUCAAUGCGCGAAACAGUACCAUCCACACAACGGGCUGCUCCAAGAGGGUAGCUGAUAUACUGAACGGCCAUCUACUGCAGAUAAUAGGGGCAGGGUCAGUGGUGAUCUUUCUCGAGGGCGUUGGGUUCACUCUGAGCUGCUGCCUGUUACGUCACAUCCGGCGAAGGGACAGUGACGAGGAAGAGGACAGGCUCAAACUUAAGUUGAUCAAGAAGAGAGAAAAGAAGAUGGAGAAGCUUAAGAAGCGAGGACAAGACAGCAGCGACGACUUACUGAGUGAGGACAACUAGUAGCUUCACAAAAACUAAAGGAAGAUGAUUUUGUUGUUUGUUUGUUUUAACAAAAGAGGGUGCAUACAUACAUAUACACUGAAGACUUGUGUGUAGUUGGUAUCAGCAGUUAAUGCAUAAUGCACUAUAUAUGUGCAAAUGCAAAAAAUAAAUGAUUUCCUUCUUUCAAAACUCAGGUCUAACCUGUGGAUGCUAUUAAAGAGCAAAUAAAGGAAUAAUAACCUAAACAGUAAGUGCUUUUUUCAGCACUAAGACCACAGUAUAAUACAAAAAAUUACUACCGAUCAAGCCACAUUUUUGUAGAGAUUCUGAUAUUGGCCACGUUUGAAGAAAAACAAUUUUACACCAAAUAAAAACGAUAGUACACAUCAGUUUGCAGAUUUUACAGGAGAGGUAUAUAUUUAAACAGGAAGUAUUGUAUAAAUUUAUGAAAAAAUUGCAAUGUUUUAAUGUCUGAAUCAUUUGUAUAGCUACUGUAAGUAUCAAGUAAAUAGCUACAGUGUAAGAUAUUAUACAGUCAAUGAUUAUUAAAUGAUGAUAGCUGAUAAAAAAUUCUGAGAUGGAAAUUCUUAAUCAUUACAAAAUUGCUUCCUUUUUUAAUAUGUCUAAAAACAAGUGUAGGAUAUUAUAUAGUCCAUGCAAAAGUGCAAUGCUGGUUUUGUACAGGAAGACGUGAUUCGGCCAAAGUUUUCCAUAAUAUGUCACCAAUUAAUUAUUAAGUCAUAAAUAAGAUUUAUCGAUAUGAUUCAUUUGGAGUAUACAAUAUGUUGUUAGUGUACUGGUCUCUCAGUCAUUUACAUAACUAAACUAAAACAAUGAAAUACCAGACAACAUUCAGUUUAGCGUCAGAGAAUAGAGUAAUAUCAAAAUAAAGAGGGUGGUUUUGAUGACACCUUUACGCGUACAAUUUGACCCAUUUUAUUAUAUAAUACAUGUCAAAACAUUGAAGGUAAAUGGCACUGUGCUAUGGUCGUAUAGUGUAUGUAAAGUAUGGCCAAGAACUUUGGAACCUUCAAGUAUUCUAGAAUAAUUCCAGUGAAUACAUUUGUGUGAUGUUCAAAAUGGUACAUCUUUCGUUACAUUACACUUUCUAAAUAAUUUCAAACCCACAAGAAAUUAUCGUGAUGUCGUUGAUAUGUACAUUUUAUUGACCCCAUACCAUUAUUCAAGUUUUUUUGUAUGUUAAAAAAUGUGGAAGUAGAAAACAUAACGUAGUAACGCGUGUGUCUGUACAAAGCUUUUUUUUUCUACGAACGCUAUCGUCGUUGUUUGUGAAAAUAUCUGUUUUACUUUGCUGUUGUGGUCAAGUCAAUAUAUUCCAUUCUUCAAUUACAACAUACUUCGGUCACAAAAUUAUAGUCACUGUGCCACUUCUACUUUAAUAUCAUAAGUUACACAUAAAUAAAACGUUUGAUAGUAAUCCCAUAACAAUCCCUUUACACCACCCUUUCCAUAUUAUAUGCCUUCUUUAGCAAAAGACAGAUAUAGUAAUUAAUACAAUAAACGCUAACGUCAGUAGUUUGUUACACAUGGCUUCAGAAU